AGUUGAUUUCAUUGAUUAUACGAAUUGUUGGUUUUGCUUACUCUGUCAGAUUCCCUAAUAACGUUUACAUUUUGUAAUUGUACUUAUGAACGGGUUUUUAAAAUGCUAUCGCGAAGGGACAAGUUGCUCAUCCAACCAUGGGAAGAUCGGAGAUUUAAAGACCACAGAUCAAAGGUCCGAUCGGCUCUUCCCGCGAUCGACGACAAACCGCCUCCCGCGAGACCACACGUAGUUCUCAAACUGAAAAAGCAACAACGGGAGUCCGAGCGCAAGAACAAGAUCCAAAACGACAACUUCAGCCUGCUGCAACGGCUUAGCGGUAUCAUGAAGCUUAAUCGGCUGGACAAUCACUGGGUUCGCCCAUUGCCUAACUUCCACCACAAAGUGGGUUUGUUCUACGAUGUAGAGUCCCUGCAAAGCCGGCUAACUUCUUUGCACCCCGACGGGUCACAAGAGGCCGUUUACUCCAACGUUAAGUGUUAUGCUUGCGAAUUGCGAAAGAAAUCUGCCGAACUGCGUCAACAGUACAAAUCGCGACAGUAUCAAGAUUCUUUACCAUCUAUUUAUUCCAAUUGACUUUAGUCAUUGGUUAACACCUUGUGUAAGACUGUGCUACAA